UUUGAGCGAUUUUCUUGUUCACAUUUUUUAGUUCAGCAGGAUUGAAUAUUCAUCAUCAGGAUCAUGGAUUACGAUGAUGAGGAUGAGUACUCACUGUACCACAUGGGUACGGCGGAGAGAGCUGGACGUACCUUCAUGUACUCGUUUAAUACUCUGUUCUUUGUGGCGGGCUCAUGCAUGUUCUCCAUGGGGCUCUUUGUCCAAUUCGACGAAGGCCUCAAAAACUCUUUGGGCUUCCUGGAUUUCCCUGAAUAUUAUACAGCAAACAUCAUCAUCAUGGUCGGCUCAACCAUCCUAAUGCUUGGUUCAGUCGCCGGAUUAGUCGGCACCAGUUAUUCUAAUUACUUCUUGUUACUCAUGUACCUGGCGCUGAGUGUGAUCAGUUUUUCGAUCGACCUGGGCGGUGCAGUUUACCUCCUCUGCCAAGGCUUGGAAGCCACGCACGCCUACCCAAGCAUUAAAGAAACUUUCCAAGACUACAUGUACCGCUACCAGUACGACAUGGUGGCCAAGUAUCGUGUCGAUGUCAUACAGGAAUACAUCGGGUGCUGUGGAGCUGCUCUCCCCAGCGACUGGGUUGACAUUCACAUGCCCGUGCCCAACACGUGCAGGAAUCAGAUCACAGGAAAUCAGUACAAGAACAGUUGUGCAGAGAUCAUGUCGCGGUCUCUGGAGCUCUACACCGGCAUCACCAGCGGCUUAACGCUCUGCAUUUGCUUUCUGCAGCUAUUCACGUUCAUCUUCGUGGCUUGCAUCUACCGUGGAGUUAAGCAGAGACAGCGAGCCAUCAAAUCCAGUAUCAUAAAACGAUGAUGGUCACGGCAGACUGGAAGUGAAUCGUGGCACAGUUUUUCUUCAGACGUUUUAAGCCCUUAUUAGACUGCAUUA